UGUUGAUCGUCGUAAAAAUGGUUGUAGUAACCAUAUCCGGGUGAAAGUGGCAACAUGCUUUUUAUCAAAUUUUAGGCUAGUUUAUUUGAUAACACGGGAGUUAUGCCUCUGAUAGUGAUGUGUGGUUACCCCUGUAGUGGUAAAACACGAAGGGCAGAAGAACUGAAGGUGUGUUUUGAACAGAAAACUGACCGAAAGGUUCAUAUUGUGGGAGACGGAGCACUGGGCGUUGAGAAAAACACUGUUUACGCAGAUUCCCAAAAGGAAAAAAAUGUCAGAGCAUCUCUGAAAGCUGAAGUAGAGAGGAAAGUCAACAAGGAUGACAUUGUAAUUCUGGAUUCAUUAAAUUACAUAAAAGGCUACCGCUAUGAACUGUUCUGUCUCAUCAAACACGCACAGACACCACACUGCCUUGUAUACUGUCUGACGUCAGAUGAAGUGAGCUCAACGUGGAAUACCAACAGAGAUGCUGCUGAGCAGUACACCCAGGACAUCCUUGAUGCGUUAGUGCUUAGAUUUGAAGCUCCAGACUCCAGAAACCGAUGGGACAGUCCUCUCUUCACCAUCCUGAAAGACGAUACACUUCCAUAUGAAGCCAUUUCUGACGCACUUUUCAAAAGAAAAGCACCCCCACCUAACCAGUCUACACAGAGUCAGCCAUUGUCAUCUGCAAACUUCUUGUAUGAGUUGGACAAGAUCACACAAGAUGUGUUAAUGGCAAUUUUUAACGCACAGAAGACAAGUGUUCCUGGGGAUCUCAUUUCAGUUCCAGGAGCUACAGAAAAGAUUGAGCUCACCAGAAGCAUCAACAUGGCAGAGCUGAGAAAAUUACGGCGCCAGUUCAUCAGCUACACCAAGAUGCACCCAACAGAGAACACUGGACACAUUUCCAACAUGUUUGUGCAAUAUUUAAAUAAGAGUCUUCACUGAAAUUUUAUAGCAUUUAUUUCUUUUUUUUUUCUGUGACAAAUAAAUAUAUUUAAAUAUU